GUCCCCGGGCCAAGAUGGCGGCGCGGUGUUCCACACGCUGGUUGCUGGUAGCGGUGGGGACUCCGCGGCUGCCGGCUGCAGUGGGGAGAGGGGCACGACCGCCCCGGGAGGGCGUGGUAGGGGCGUCGCUGGGUCGCAAGCUGAGCGUCGCCGCCUUCGCGCCUUCCUUGGGCGCUCGCGGCCCCCGAGCGCUGCUGACAUUGAGACCCGGUGUCAGCCUUACAGGCGCAAAAAGUUAUCCUUUUGUUUGUAGUGCCUACUUCCACACAAACACCCCAUUAGCCAAAGAAGAUUAUUACCAGAUACUAGGAGUGCCCCGCAAUGCCAGCCAGAAAGAGAUCAAGAAAGCCUAUUACCAGCUUGCAAAAAAGUACCACCCAGACACAAAUAAGGAUGAUCCAAAAGCCAAGGAGAAAUUCUCCCAACUGGCAGAAGCCUAUGAGGUGCUGAGUGACGAGGUGAAGCGGAAGCAGUAUGAUGCCUAUGGCUCUGCUGGCUUUGAUGCUGGGGCCAGUAGCUCUGGGCAGAGCUACUGGAGAGGAGGCCCCUCCGUUGACCCAGAGGAGCUGUUCAGGAAGAUCUUUGGGGAAUUCUCUUCAUCUUCCUUUGGAGAUUUCCAGAGUGUGUUUGAUCAGCCUCAGGAAUAUAUCAUGGAGUUGACCUUCAAUCAAGCUGCUAAGGGUGUCAACAAGGAGUUCACUGUGAACAUCAUGGACACCUGUGAGCGCUGCGAUGGCAAAGGGAAUGAGCCCGGCACCAAGGUGCAGCAUUGUCACUACUGCGGCGGCUCUGGCAUGGAAACCAUCAAUACAGGCCCUUUUGUGAUGCGUUCCACCUGUCGGAGAUGUGGUGGUAGGGGCUCCAUCAUCACAACUCCCUGUGUGAUCUGCAGAGGAGCAGGACAAGCCAAGCAAAAGAAGCGGGUGGUGAUCCCUGUACCUGCAGGAGUCGAGGACGGCCAGACUGUGAGGAUGCCUGUGGGAAAACGAGAGAUUUUUGUCACAUUCAGGGUGCAGAAGAGCCCCAUGUUCCGGAGGGACGGCGCAGACAUCCACUCUGACCUCUUUAUUUCUAUAGCUCAAGCUAUUCUUGGGGGGACAGCCAGAGCCCAGGGCCUAUAUGAGACAAUCAAUGUGACGAUUCCCCCUGGGAUUCAGACAGACCAGAAGAUUCGCAUGACUGGGAAAGGAAUCCCUCGGAUUAAUAGUUAUGGCUAUGGUGACCACUACAUUCACGUCAAGAUCCGAGUUCCAAAGAGGCUGACCAGCCGGCAGCAGAGCCUUAUCUUGAGCUACGCGGAGGAUGAGACAGAUGUGGAGGGGACAGUGAAUGGUGUCACCCACACAAGCACUGGUGGCAGGACCAUGGAUAGCUCCGCAGGAAGCAAGGCUAGGAGUGAGGCUGGGGAGGACGAGGGAUUCCUUUCCAAACUUAAGAAAAUGUUUACCUCCUGAUAUCCCAGCUGAGGAAAACGGUCCACUGGAAACUAGGCCAGGAGCAGCAGCCUCUUCUCCUGGCCAAGGCACCCCAGAGAUGGGAGCAUUCCCAAGCAGCAGUCCUGAGACCUGGCCUACGGAGCUCUCCGACUGCCUGGCGACAACAAAACCAUGUGACAACACCUCUGCACGGAAAGGUCAUGGUGGACAGCCCCUGGACAGUAAAUGUAGCAUCCAGGGCUGGUGGAAGUUUCUGUCCAUGGGUAGGUGACUCACCUCUUCUGGCUCAGGCAGGAUGAGGCAGUCGAACUCUACUUGCAGUACUAAAACUCCAAUUUGGAAUCAAAUAUGGUGGAAAUCUUAGUUAAAGAAUUAAAGGCCAUGCUCACAGCUUAAAUAUGAAGCCUUAAGCUGUACCAAGUUGUGAAGUGAUUAAUUUCUCUCACAGCAAACCUUCCAGAGGUUCCAGAAUGAGUCCUUCUUGAAGGUUGACUUCACCAGGAACCAGGGGCUAUAUGCCCCACCAGCACCAUCCUCCACCAACAGUCUCUGCUGAGGCAUCCUUGGAGUUGAUUUUCAAUUCCCUAAGGUACCAAGCAGCUGGAAAGUGGGUGCUGGGGGCCUAGGCAGGCACACUGAAAGACCAGAGGAUCCCUGGCAGUUUUAUUUGUCAUUCAUCCCACUGUCUGGGCAGUAGGAGUGGAGGGGCUCUUGCCAUUCUGAGCCACGGCUGCUGUGGCCCUGCUGGGCAGACCUGGCUCACUGAGGUAACUCAAAGCUGUGUUAGCCCAGGACCUGGCCCUCCCCACUUACACACGUUCAGAUUACUCAGUGCUGAGAACCAUUGUCCUUUCCUGAGUGUUUGUUGAAGAGGAAAGCACAGGCUAAGCUGAGAAGGUCACGCUGUACAGCCAGAGCAAAACACCCUGUCCCUGGACACUGCUCAUCGCAUGUGGUGGUUUCUGCAUUUCAAGGACCGAGAGCUAGAGUUAGUGUAAUGCAGGUUAAUGAAGAACACUUCUCAGUAGUUUCCUUUUUGUUUUCCUUUAUAAUUUACAAAAGUAAAGUACUUAUUAGGGUCUGAUUUAAGAAUGUAAAAUGAUUCUGUAUUAAUGUAAAUAAGAUUAUCUACUGCAAAAGAUAUUUAAAACCUAAAUUGUGGUUGUGGUCUUUGAGAGUUUGGACGACCUUCUGCAGGUGGCUCAGCAGGGGUGAUGGGAGACAGUUGGCCUUAUCAGUGUGGUCACAGCCCCCAGAACAUAAGGAAUCAAGGGCACUGACAGGGUUGAUUCUAGAGUCUGUGCAUUUUCUUUUAACAUUUAACAUUUUUGCUCAGGCUGGGUGCUGUGGUACACACUUCUCAUCCCAGCUACUCAGGUGGCUAAGGCAAGAGCAUUUAAAUUGCAAGGCUAGCCUUGGCAACAGAGCAACACCCUAUCUCAAAAGAAGGUCAGUUGUGGUGGCACACAUCUGUGAUCCUAGCCACUCAGGAGGCUGAGGCAGGAGAAUGACAAGUUCAGGGCCAGCUCAGCAACUUAGCAAGGCCCUGUCUCAAAAUAAAAGGGCUUGGGAUGUAUGUAGCUCAGUGGUGGAGUGCCUCUGGGUUCAAUCCCCAACACUAGGGGAAGAAAAAGUUUAUUAUACUUUUAACUACUCUGUGCAUCCCCAGAGAUCUGAUGCCUGGCACAGCUGGAGGUCCUGACACAUGGCUCACACCCACCUCAGUGGUCUGGGCUGAGCAGGAAGAGGUGUUAAAGGGCAUUUCCUGGGCUGGGUAGAGAUUGGGAAAGAGCUAAUAGAUAGACAGGCUCAGAAGUUUGGUGCUGACAUGGUGACACAUGCCAGUAAUCCUAGUAGCUCAGUAGGCUGAACCAGUCUCAGCAAUUUAGCUAGGACCUAAGCAAUUCAGUGAGACUGUCUCUAAAUAAAAUACAAAAAAGGGCUAAGGAUAUGGUUCAGUGGUUAAGCACCCCUGGGUUUAAUCCCCAGUACCAAAAAAAAAAAAAGUGACAUUUGGUAAACUUGGAUAAUUGCCAAUAUUUAAAUCAACUGUUUAUUGCCUUCCUGCUGUGAACAUGCAGUGGGCCAGACACUGCACUAGCCCUCACGAUGCAGAGGUGGGCUGAAUAGUCUCAAGAAAGUAUAGGUCUGUUCCUGGAGAAGUCAGCUGGGCCUAAUUCACAUCUUGUCCUUGGAAAGCAUAAGUCAGGAGACUUUGGAAGAGGAAGGUGGAAUUUCUGGCUAGAGACACCACUGUUGCUGUGCUGAAGCCUCCUUCCCUCUGGGUGUUGAAAGGUGGCCCUGUAACAACUGUAAAAUUAAGUGCUGUUUCCAGGAUUGGGGUUGGUUUAUUUCUACAUAGCUCCUGAGGUUUGUUUCCAGAUUUCUUUGCAGCCUCUGUAUUGGGGCUGGGGUGCAAGAAAGUGUCUUUUAAAAUACAAAAAAGAGCUAGGUACCUGCAGUCCCAGCUGCUUGGGAGGCUG